GCCAUAACGAUGAUAUGGAUUGAGUUGUUUGUUUGUUUUACAAACAAAAAAAAAAAAGCUAAACAGGAGAACACUCAAACAAGAGAAAGGCCAAAUUGGAAAUCAGCAAGCCACUCGCAUUAAUUCUCUUAUUUUCAACUCUUUCUUUCUUUUUCUUUUUUUCCUCAUUCUUGUGCGCCAAUAGUAUAACUUUUUCAAAUAGAGAAUGAAGUUGACAGGAGAAGUGAUUUCAAACAGUCUAUCACAUAUUAACCCUUUGGGUGAACGUGAGCUCAUUCUGAGAGUCGGAAACCAUGUAGAUUUAAAGAUCCCUGCUAUUGAGAACUUGGGUGUUACCAAAGACUUGAACGAUGCCCUUGAUUUUACGAAUAACGAUCUACGUGUUUUGGGCAAUUUUCCGCGUUUGAUGCGAUUACAACAUUUACUUCUCACAAAAAACCGUAUCAGCAAAAUUGAGACAGGUUUAGGCGAGACAAUUCCUAAUGUGCAGCGUAUUAUUUUGACCAACAACUCGAUACAUGAGCUAGGCGAUUUGGAGCCUUUAACGGAGCUCAAACAACUUACGCACUUAUCUGUGAUGGACAAUCCUGUGACCAAAAAGCAGCAUUAUCGACUUUAUUUAAUCCACAAAUUGCCCAACCUGCGUGUUCUGGAUUUCAACAAAGUGAGUCUGGCCGAACGACAAAAAGCAGCUCAAAUGUUUACAAAGGAGGAUGGCACAGCCAAUGACUUGUCAAAGUCAAUAACAGAGAAUAAGACAAAGACAUUUGAACCUGGAGAGGGUAUGAAUAAUGAUACCACAGACACUUCCAAUGCUGGACAUGCGCUUACUCCAGAGGAACAAUUAAAGAUCAAGGAGGCACUUAAGCAAGCAACUUCGUUGGAUGAAAUUUCAAGAUUAGAGCGUCUGUUAAAAGCAGGUCAUGUCCCUGCCACUCAAAAAUAAAAGAAUGACAGCAUGACAAAUAAAAAAUAAAAAACAACAACAAAAAAAAGAGAGACAUAAUGCACCACCAAGGGCUUUCUUAAUGCAAGA